GAGUCGCCGCGGUUUCCUGCUUCAACAGUGCUUGGACGGAACCCGGCGCUCGUCCCCCACUCCGGCCGGCCGCCCAGAGCCAGCCCAGCCCUCCGCCACCUCCUCACAGAGCCCUCUGACCGCUCCAAGGCCUCCAGCGCCGCGCAGCCUCCGCCUCCGCCGCCGCUUCUCAGCCGCCCGCCAUGAUGACCGCGUCCCCCUCGCAGGUGCGCCAGAACUACCACCAGGACUCGGAGGCCGCCGUCAACCGCCAGAUCAACCUGGAGCUUUACGCCUCCUACGUCUACCUGUCCAUGUCUUACUACUUUGACCGCGAUGAUGUGGCUUUGAAGAACUUUGCCAAGUAUUUUCUUCACCAAUCUCAUGAGGAGAGGGAACAUGCUGAGAAACUGAUGAAGCUGCAGAACAAGAGAGGUGGCCGAAUCUUCCUUCAGGAUAUCAAGAAACCAGACCGUGACGACUGGGAGAAUGGGCUGAACGCAAUGGAGUGUGCGUUACACUUGGAAAAAAGUGUGAAUCAGUCAUUACUGGAGCUGCACAAACUGGCCACUGACAAAAAUGACCCUCAUUUGUGUGACUUCAUUGAGACUCAUUACCUGAAUGAGCAGGUGAAAUCCAUCAAAGAAUUGGGUGACCACGUAACCAACUUGCGCAAGAUGGGGGCCCCCGAAUCUGGCAUGGCAGAGUAUCUCUUUGAUAAGCACACCCUGGGAGACGGUGAUAACCAGAGCUAAGCCUUAGUCUGGCUUCCCAGAGCCACAGGGUGACUUCCCUGGUCCCCAAGGCAGUGCAUGCAUGCUGGGGUUUCCUGUACCUUUUCUAUAAAUUUUACCAAAACAUCUACUAAGUCCUCUAAUUUGUACCAUUCCUUCAAAUAAAGAAAUUUGGUACCCAG